GCCAACCGAGACCAUCCCACGAGUUUUGACCAAAACAGCCGCGGCCGCCGGCCCAGCCUUCCAUUUCGGUCCGGCUCCUUCAAUCGCCUUAAAAUGCCCGCCCCUCCCCCAAUUGCGAACUCACACCAGGGGAAAAUAAAAAAAAGAACUCUUUUUUUUCUUCGUCCUCUCGCUCUCUCAGAAAUCUUCGAGAAAUCGUCAAUUGAGGAUGUCGGCCUACUGCGGGAAGUAUAGCGAUGAACUCAUCAGGAAUGCUGCUUACAUCGGCACCCCAGGCAAGGGGAUCCUUGCAGCUGAUGAGUCCACCGGCACAAUCGGCAAGCGCCUAGCCAGCAUCAACGUCGAGAAUGUUGAGGAGAACCGCCGUGCCCUCCGCGAGCUCCUCUUCUGCGCCCCCGGUGCUCUCCAAUACCUCAGCGGUGUUAUCCUCUUCGAAGAGACCCUUUACCAGAAGACCAAAGAUGGAAAGCCAUUCGUCGAAGUCCUGAGGGAGGGUGGAGUCCUUCCUGGUAUCAAGGUGGACAAGGGCACCAUCGAACUCGCUGGCACCGAUGGUGAAACUACCACUCAGGGCCAUGAUGACCUUGCCAAGCGCUGCCAGAAGUACUAUGAGGCGGGGGCGCGCUUCGCCAAGUGGCGUGCCGUCCUCAAGAUCGGUCCAACCGAGCCAUCUCAGCUGGCGAUCGAUCUAAAUGCUCAAGGCUUGGCCCGCUAUGCUAUCAUCUGCCAGGAGAAUGGCCUGGUCCCAAUUGUAGAGCCUGAGAUCCUUGUUGAUGGUCCACAUUGCAUCAAGAAGUGUGCUGCUGUGACAGAGAGGGUGCUUGCUGCUUGCUACAAGGCACUCAACGACCACCAUGUUCUUCUGGAGGGGACUCUCCUCAAGCCAAACAUGGUGACCCCAGGGUCGGAAUCGGCGAAGGUGGCACCGGAGGUGGUGGCUGAGCACACCGUCCGUGCUCUCCAGAGGACGGUCCCAGCUGCGGUGCCUGCUAUCGUCUUCCUCUCUGGGGGCCAGAGUGAGGAGGAGGCAACCUUGAACCUGAAUGCCAUGAACAAGCUGGAGGGGAAGAAGCCCUGGUCGCUUUCAUUCUCCUUCGGCCGUGCUCUGCAGCAGAGCACGCUCAAGGCUUGGGCUGGUAAGGAGGAGAACAUCGGGAAGGCGAGGGCUGCUCUUCUAGCAAGGUGCAAGGCAAACUCAGAGGCAACACUUGGGACAUACAAGGGUGAUGCUUCUGGUGCAGAAGGUGUCACUGAGAGCCUCCAUGUGAAGGACUACAAGUACUGAUCUUGCUCUUUUUGCUCAACCACCUAUCAUUUUUUUUGCUAAGAAACGAGAGGGAGAUGUUUUUAAUGCUUUAGAAGAUGUUUUUAAUAAGUUGGGAAGGGCAUCUGCUGCCCUCAGAAUACUCUCAGGUGUUUGUGAUACCUUAGUGGACUUUGUUAAUUUCUUUUUGUGCCUCAAUUGAUUUUGAUGGAUGCUUUCAAGGUUC